CCUCUUCCGGUUACGGCGAAAGCAGCUCCAAGAUGGUGCAGCGCCUGACUUACCGCCGUAGGUUGUCCUACAACACGGCCUCUAAUAAAACCAGACUGUCCCGGACUCCUGGGAACCGUAUCGUGUACCUGUACACCAAGAAGGUCGGCAAAGCCCCCAAGUCAGCCUGUGGCAUCUGCCCUGGGAGACUGCGUGGAAUUCGUGCCGUCAGACCUCAGGUUCUGAUGAGGCUCUCCAAGACCAAGAAGCACGUGAGCAGGGCUUACGGAGGAUCCAUGUGUGCAAAGUGUGUGCGCGACAGGAUCAAGCGUGCUUUCCUGAUUGAGGAGCAGAAGAUCGUCGUGAAGGUGCUGAAGGCACAAGCACAGAGCCAGAAAACGAA